CUAAUAAAAUGUAAUUAGAUCAUACAAACGAUUUCAUGAAUCUAUUCAAAUUUAUUUUGUAUUUAUUAUUAGCUCCACCAUCAAUACGAUUUUCAAGUCAAGAAGGUGAACAUAAUAUAGCACUUGGAUCUAAUUUAGCAUUAUUUUGUGUUGCAACUGGUCAUCCAUUACCUAAAAUUACAUGGACAAAAGAUGGAAAAUCUAUAAAUGAUAGAAAAUUUACAAUUAGUGAAGAUAAUGUACAUUUACGAUUAAUUAAUGUUGAAGAAAAUGAUAAUGGUCGUUAUGCAUGUCAUGUUAUAAGUGAAUAUGGUCAAGUUUCUAAAACAUUCGAUGUUAAAAUAACAUAUGGACCUAGACUGGAUCCCGAUGGUCAACUGCAAUACAGUGUCGAACGUACCGUAGGAGCUAGUGCUCUGCUUGAAUGUCUUGUGUCUGGUAAUCCUCGACCGAAAAUUGAAUGGUUCAAGGAUGGUAUACCACUUGAUCAACUUCAUAUAGGUUAG